AUGGUCUUCGUCUGCCACGGCGCCAGCAGCUGUCCCGUCUUGGCUAGCAGGAGCCUGGACUCCUUGGCGCCGGAGCCUCCCCGGCCGUUGGGUGACACUGGCGGGGCGAGGAUGAUUUCUGGCUCGCUGAAUCCGCCCCGUUUAGGGAUAGGCGGGAAACUUCUGCAAGGGGUCACCGCCGGCCCUGGAGGGGGAGGCCAAGGCGUAGGCAGCGGCGUCGUCGGAGGAGGCGACGUCGUCGUCGUCGGGAGCAGCACCGGCGGUCCCAGCGCGCUCAGCCCGGGCUACGGCGACGCCGGCAACGACACGCAGUGCGGCGAGCAGAUCCUGAGCUACGGCAACGUGGAGAAAGUGGUCAUCGGCGCCGCUCUGACCCUCAUCACGCUGCUGACCAUCGCGGGCAACUGCCUGGUGGUCAUCUCGGUCUGCUUCGUCAAGAAGCUCCGCCAGCCCUCCAACUAUCUCAUCGUCUCGCUGGCCUUGGCCGACCUGUCGGUGGCCGUGGCCGUCAUGCCCUUUGUCAGCGUGACCGACCUCAUCGGCGGCGAGUGGAUCUUCGGCAGCGGCUUCUGCAACGUCUUCAUCGCCAUGGACGUGAUGUGCUGCACCGCCUCCAUCAUGACCCUCUGCGUGAUCAGCAUCGACAGGUAUCUUGGCAUAACUAGACCUCUCACCUAUCCUGUAAGACAAAAUGGAAAGUGUAUGGCUAAAAUGAUUUUUUGCGUGUGGCUACUGUCUGCUUCCAUCACUUUGCCUCCCCUGUUUGGAUGGGCUCAGAAUAUUAAUGACAACAAAGUCUGUUUAAUCAGCCAAGAUUUCGGCUACACAAUUUAUUCAACUGCUGUUGCAUUUUACAUCCCCAUGUCAGUGAUGCUGUUCAUGUACUAUCAGAUCUACAAAGCUGCCAAGAAAAGUGCAGCCAAACACAAAUUUGCUGGUUUCCCAAGGCCCAACGAACGUGAAGGGAUGGUUUCAGCCAACGGCGUCGUGAAACUGCACAAGGAAUCCGAAGAGUGUGCCAAUUUUUCACGUCUGCUGAAACAUGAACGGAAGAACAUUUCUAUUUUCAAAAGGGAGCAAAAAGCAGCCACUACCCUCGGAAUAAUUGUAGGGGCCUUUACUGUAUGCUGGCUGCCCUUUUUCAUCCUUUCUACUGCUAGACCCUUCAUCUGUGGGACCUCUUGCAGUUGCAUCCCUUUGUGGGUUGAGAGGACAUUUCUCUGGUUGGGUUAUGCCAACUCUUUGAUUAACCCAUUUAUAUAUGCCUUCUUCAAUCGGGACCUGAGGACCACCUACCGCAAUCUGCUGCAAUGUAGAUAUAGGAACAUCAACCGUAAACUCUCGGCUGCAGGCAUGCAUGAGGCCCUGAAGCUUGCUGAAAAACCAGAGUUUGUUCUGAGGAACUCUGAUUACUCAAGAAGGAAGAGCCACAACUUAUGAUUGAAUGCUGAUGGGACAAGGGGCUGUGAAUCGGUGGAAAUAGCUACAA